GUAAUUUGUUUCUAGGUGUUGGCUGCCAAUUGUAGAGUGCAAAUGAAAAGUUACAGAUUGGUCGUUAACAAAAUUUUCAGUUAUUUGUGUAGUUGAAGACGGGAAUUUGUUUUGCGCAUAAAGAGUUAACACUGCGUGGAUCUGAAAUACACCAACUGCACAUUCAAACCGACUACCAACAAAAGAAAAACCGAAUAAUUCAAUUGGCAGAGCAAAAGGACGACGACUGAAACGUCAGAAACAAAUGCACACCGCGAAUAUAAACUAUAUAAAUACAUAAAUAUAAUGCGUGAAUAGUAGUAUUCCAAAACUAAACCGAAAAAAAACCGAAACUCUUGCAGAACACAAAGUUCAUGAUUAAUCCAUACUAGAGACAGUGCACAAAAUAAUCGCCGCAUGCUAGCGUGAUCAUCCCCAGCUUUUUGUCCGACUAAGCUACUGGCCAGCUUAAAAAAAGUAAGCCACAUCUAUCGAGCGCAUCUAUCGGAAGGAGCCGAUAACAGAGAACCGAUAACCGAGCGCACACAGAGGAUCCAGAGAAAGCCGGCUAUCGAAUUCAAAUCCGAAUCGGAGUCCCAGCAUCCGAUAUCCGAAUCCUCAACCAAAUCAUCCCAUAAGGACUCAACGCAGCACACAGCAGGAUGAACGAACUGGACAGCCUGAGGCAGGAGGCCGAAUCCCUAAAGAACGCCAUCCGGGAUGCCCGGAAGGCGGCCUGCGACACAUCCCUGUUGCAAGCGGCCGCCUCGCUGGAACCCAUUGGUCGCAUACAGAUGCGCACCCGGCGCACAUUACGCGGCCAUCUGGCGAAAAUCUACGCCAUGCACUGGGGCAACGAUUCCAGGAAUCUCGUAUCAGCCUCACAGGACGGCAAGCUGAUCGUGUGGGACUCGCAUACCACGAACAAAGUCCACGCCAUUCCACUGCGAUCCUCGUGGGUGAUGACCUGCGCGUACGCCCCAUCCGGCAGCUAUGUGGCCUGCGGCGGCCUCGACAACAUGUGUUCAAUUUACAACCUAAAGACGCGCGAGGGCAACGUCCGGGUCUCCCGUGAGCUGCCCGGCCACGGUGGCUAUCUAUCGUGCUGCCGCUUCCUGGACGACAAUCAGAUCGUGACCAGUUCGGGCGACAUGUCGUGCGGACUGUGGGACAUUGAGACGGGCCUGCAGGUCACCUCGUUCCUCGGCCACACCGGCGACGUGAUGGCCCUCUCGCUGGCGCCCCAAUGCAAAACGUUCGUCUCCGGCGCCUGCGAUGCCUCCGCCAAGCUCUGGGACAUCCGGGAGGGCGUCUGUAAACAGACCUUCCCCGGCCACGAAUCGGACAUCAAUGCGGUCACAUUUUUCCCCAAUGGCCAGGCAUUCGCCACCGGGUCGGACGACGCAACCUGUCGACUGUUCGACAUCCGGGCCGAUCAGGAGCUGGCCAUGUACUCGCACGACAACAUCAUUUGCGGCAUCACCUCGGUGGCGUUCUCGAAGAGCGGACGUCUGUUACUGGCGGGCUACGACGACUUCAACUGCAACGUGUGGGACACGAUGAAGGCAGAAAGGUCUGGCAUUCUGGCCGGGCACGAUAACCGUGUCUCCUGUUUGGGCGUCACCGAGAACGGAAUGGCGGUGGCAACAGGAUCGUGGGACUCCUUCUUGCGCGUAUGGAACUAAGAACAGAAACGGAAACAGCAACAGAAACGGAAACGGAAACGGAGACACAGAAACAGAAACGGAAACGGAAACAGAGGAGGAGAAAAACCAAAACCAAAAACAAAACAAAACAAAACAGAAAACAAAACAAAAACUAAAAAAGAACUUCAAAAUGCAUUAAAGGGUGGGGUGGGGUGUCAGGUCAACGGUUGCGCAGUCUGCGGAUAGUGUUUCACCAUCUACCAUCGUCUACAUUGUGAUCUAUAAUGUAUAUGAUGAUGCGGUAUUCGGUGUUACCUCUGUGGUUAAUAUUAAAUGAGUGCCGGACGUUUUGAAUAUGUGGGCGCAGCUAGUUGACUAGAACGUAGACCACAACAACAAAGAACUUUAUAUACAACAUUAUUUAUAUUGCUAUAUACUUAUUAACUAAAAUUAUACAAAAAAAAAACAAAAACAAAAACAAAAUAAAAAAAAACCAAACAAAAAAACCGCAGACAUACGCAGCAACAUACAAAUAGACAUACACACGCAUACAAGAAUAUUAUUAGUGUAAAUGGAAAAUUGAACAAACAAAAAAAAAAAAGAAGAAAUGAAACGAAACGAAACAAGAAGUAAAAAGGAAAACCAAAUGAAAAUGAAAACGAUGGGCCCGCUGAUAGUCAGUUGUUUAGUCAGAAUUCCGGUUACAGCUACAGUUUAAAACGUACGUAAAUUAAACUUAGUUCAAAUCGUAUUUCAGUGGUGAGUGCAACUGAAAGCAGAGCAAGAAAAGCUGAAAACUGAAAGCUGAAAUCUCUGGAAAACCCAGGAGUUUGCCAACACCGUCAGUCAGUCAGUUAGUCAGUCGUUUGCACUUUGUAAAAGAAAAAGAAAAAGUAAAAGUAAAAGUAAAUGAAAAUGAAAAAGAAGGUAUCAUUGUAAUCAUGUAUGUCAACAAGUAAAUACAUAUUCUUUUGCGUAUAAUACAUAAACUUCAGAAUGUGGAUCCUGAUCCUGAGGAAGGGGAGGAAGUCAAAUAAAGUUAAAGCAUUUAAAAAUAAAAAAUCACGGCAAACCUAAAAGUAAAAGAAAAACAAAACGAAAAACAGAAAACAAAAAAUUGCGUAAUAAACUUUAUAAAUCAAGUAAUGAAAAAAAAGUAAACAAAACACUAUAACAAAUUUUUGUCUUAUUAUGUUUAAGUCCCUAAUUUAUAUACAAACAAAAAUAAGAAUGAUUUAAAUAACAUAUAUGUAAACUAUGCAUUAGUGAAAAAGUGGAAAACUAUUUAUAUAUAAUAUGAUGGCCAUAUAAGCUAUAACAAUAAAUUGAAAAACACCUUUAAAUCUUA